AUGGUCCUGAUAAAUCUUCAGACCAUGAAUGACUUCGAGCGCUUCCGCCAAUGUUCUCCUCUCGACUCUUUGGCACACCACUACCCUUGGGCCGACCGAUCAAUGUCCAUGGCCGUCUCCCACGCCAUGCGUUCGGACCUUCGCAACUGUCCAACCCGCCAGACGCGCAAUGUUGGUCCUUCCGACCCCGAGCCUGAGUCCUCCAACCAGCCCCCGAGACGUCGCAUCGCCGUCGCUUGUGCUCGCUGCCGCAAGAGAAAAAUCCGCUGUAGUGGAGACCCGGGAAACAACACCGGUUGCCAGAACUGUCGCGCCGCCGGCGCAGAAAUCUCCGCCUGCCAGUUCAACAGAGUCGGGUCUUACGUCCCAAGGCCCAACGUCUACACCUACCCAAACGCCUUGUCAAACCCUGCUCUCUCGAUGAACAACAUGUACCACGGCCAGUCCAGCGACUACUCCUACGCCUCACAUCCGAAGAGCGUGCUCCCCGCAAAGUCGUAUGCCCACUACGGCGCAGUGGGCUACAGCGACGACUCUCCAGCUGAUGCCUAUGCGUAUCAGCCUCUGCAGGUGCCAGGGAACGACAUGCUUACUACAGGAUUCAUUGGCGGUGGGCAAGAGCCUAUGCGAAGCUGGAGUGCCAUGGGCCAGAAGCAGCCAGCGCCAAGCCCCAUCUAUCUUGAUGAGCCGUCCACGGCUUCCUACAGCAACCUGCAGCUGCCGUACCUGAGUACCACGCCAGUCACGCGUCAGCCGACCUUUGCUGCAGACAACAUGUCGGCCUUCAGCAUGAAUUCGCUGCAGUCAUCCUUGGCCUCUCCCCCUCCCCCUCCUCACCUCCCACUGCCGUCCUCCAUUGAAGAUCGUCAUCUGCCAGUACCUACAGCAACACGCAUGCAGAUGACGCCGUCUUCUGCGCUGCACCUGAGAUCUCAGCAACCAUCCAUCGCUUCUGCUUCCAACGCUCUGUCCUACUCCAAGUCAUCAUCCAUUGCAUGGAAUGCGGAUUCUGCGGUGCAGGAGAACCGUCGGCCCACUCCAAGCGGCCCUUCACACGGCCAAGUAAUGAGCACGCCGGUGAACAAAACGCCAGCUACCUCAUCCCUCCAGGACUCCGUUUUCAAUGGAUAUAUGCCCAUUUCGAACAGCAGUCCGGACAGCUCGUCCAACCCAAGCUCCUCGACCGUAUACACUCCGAGUACGCUAUCCGGGGCCACUCCCUCAUCCCUGUCCCUGAAUGAAAAGUACGCAAAUUCUGGAGUCAAUGUAGUCCAGCCUACGUCUUCGACCAGGGAGGAUGGUCUUCCAAGGAAUGACUCUACGACAAACUUCUCGUAUUACGCCACUGAUGCGUCUCCCGGCAAACUUACCUCAUCCGAUGACCAGUCGUCUCAGGGACAUAGACUGGUAAGCGGACAGCGGUACACGCCUCUCCCGCCGUCGCACACCUCUGCAGGACUGGAACAGCUGCGGAGAGAGUCCUUUGACGAUAGUCACGCCAGACCAACUCACAGGGCUUCGGUCUCAAGCCUCAACGAGCCACGCUAUUGA